AUGGAAGCUCUCCUAGCGCACUCCUUUGACUACCUCUCCUCCUACGACCAGGGCAAGAUCCGAAAGGGACUUCGACAGGUCGAGGGCCUACUGGCACAGAUAUGCCUGUCGCGGUCGAAACUGACAGCUGCAGAGAAGAGGCGGUCUAUGAUACCACUCGGCUCAGCCCCGUCUCCGCCAAAGUCGACCAGCGAACUGAGUGACGAUCCAGCGUUCAGGGAGUUCUACAAGCUCCAGGACGGCUUUCAGUGGAAUGUCGCCCUACGAUUGAUAUCAUGUCUCGAACACCUACUUGGCCGCGGGAGCAACGGUACAAACGAUCUGCUCAUCGUCUCGGCGCUUGACCUCAUCCAAGGCAUAUUGCUCCUCCACCCGCCUUCUCGCGCCCUCUUUGCUCGCGAGAUAUAUAUGAACAUCCUGCUUGAUCUCCUGGAGCCGGCGAAUUGUCCUGCGAUCCAGUCUGCGACGCUCUUGACACUAGUCACGGCCCUACUCGACACCCCCACCAACACGCGUACGUUCGAGGAACUGGACGGCCUGCUAACGAUAACAUCCCUAUUCAAGCUACGGUCCACAUCUCGAGAAGUGAAGCUCAAGCUAGUUGAGUUCCUCUACUUCUAUCUCAUGCCUGAAACUCCGCAGCUACCGGUCGUGAAUGCCAGUGCACCUAGCACUGCUACCGGUCUGCAACGCACCCCGAGCAAGCUCGGGGCUCCAUCAUCGCGAAGUGUCGACGUUUCUGGACGUAGACGGUCUACGACCAGCACGGAUACAAAAACAACCGAAGAGAAACAGGGUCUCCUGGGGAGGUAUCUAAGUAACGUCGAGGACCUGGUCGAGGAUCUAAAGGAAACUGCACCGUUUGGAAGCGCCGUAUUUUAA